CAAGCAAGACGUAUAAACGAGAACAAAGGCAAGAUCGCAGGAGAAGCUUUGCUAGAUAGCUAGCUGAGAUUGAUUUAUGAUGGUGGCCAAGGCGGAGAUGAGCGCCAUAGAGAUGGAGAAGGCGACGAGCGACGGGGAGGUGGUGCUCGGCGCCGGAGACGAGGAGGAUGACGACGACGUGGUGCUGCCGGGGUACCGGUUCCACCCCACCGACGAGGAGCUGGUCACCUUCUACCUCCGCCGCAAGGUGGCCAGGAAGUCGCUCCGCAUCGAGGUCAUCCGGGAGAUGGACAUCUACAAGCACGACCCGUGGGAUCUCCCCAAGGCGAGCACGGUUGGUGGGGAGAAAGAGUGGUACUUCUUCUGCCUGAGAGGGAGGAAGUACCGGAACAGCAUCCGGCCCAACAGGGUGACCGGCUCUGGCUUCUGGAAGGCCACCGGCAUCGACCGGCCAAUCUACUCCGCUGCCUCCGGCGGUGCCUCGGGUUCCAGCGUGUCCAUCGGGCUGAAGAAGUCGCUCGUCUACUACCGUGGCAGUGCCGGCAAGGGCACCAAGACCGACUGGAUGAUGCAUGAGUUCCGCCUCCCGCCGGUCGCCGCCGCCGCGGCCACCAACUCCUCCCCGAGCAUGCAGGAAGCCGAGGUGUGGACCAUCUGCAGGAUCUUCAGGAGGACCAUCACCUACCGGAAGCAGCAGCAGCCGUGGAGGCCGGCGCCGGCGCCGUCCGCCGCCAUCACCACCGCCGACUCGAACUCCAAUACAGGGAGCUUUGAGUCGUCGGAGGGCGGCGACGAGUACAUGAACUGCCUGCAGGCUCCGGCAGCCGCCGCUCCUUGCAUCCCCCAGCAGCAGCAGCACCAGUACGUCAGUCAGACGGGCACGAGCACCAGCAAUUUCUUCUACAGGGACACCAUGCACAACCAACAUUUCCAGGGCCAAUGGAACGCUCCGCUGGCCGGGCCGAUACCGAAGCAGAAACCGCAAAAUCCAUUGUCGACGGCCGACUCCUUCCACCAGAAUGACCAUAGCCUCGCCGUCGCCACCAACGAUUUCCACAAGGUCGAGGCCCUCGACGGGUAUUUGGAGGAGAUCGCGAGGAUGAUGGAGGUGACGGAUCCGGCAGGGUUUUACGACUACAGAUCAUACGGUUCAUCAGCAGCAAACAGAGGGCCUAGCUUCGUACGCACCCUCCACUCCCCGGCUCCGUAGGCUGCCGCGAGUUCGCCGACGGUCCGGUCCGGCCGCCUCGUUCGCCGCCGUCGCCCGGCGGCUUCGGUAACACCAUGGUUCGCCCUCCUUCCCACACCGGCCGUUCUCGCGUCGUUCUAGAGAAGUUCAGUAUCGAUGAUCUUCAGGGAAGCUGAAAGGUGGCGGAACAGCGACGGUGUGGAAGCUUCCUGCCGAUCCGUCUGCCCAAUUCGGGAUGGGGUUUACUGUUCCGACGUCGACAAGGUAGUAGUACUCGGCUGCUACCCUCUGGUGGUGUCUAGUGGAUUGGUUGAAUCGGGUCAUCGGAAGGUCUUGAAGUGGAGUCCCGGCGGCGAGGAUGGUCCGGGGAAGCAGCGGCAGUCACUGACGGCAGCAGCCGUAAUCCCCUGUGCCGCGCUGGUCGAGACGAACAGUAUACAAGAGAACGAUAGCUGUUUUGCCUGGCUGGGCUCAUGUAUCUGACAUGAAUUGAGGAACUUGUGGUUGAACUAAAUCAUUUG